AUGAGACAACAGAAACACCCGGUUCAAUUAGCAGCCCUUCUUUUCUUUAUUCACCUCACAUCCGUUCUCUCUAGUCCUAUUCCCCAAACCAACAACCCAACAAAUUGCGCUUCCUGUCAUGCAUUCAACCAGUUUCAGUCCACGCAAGACAACGAGGAGCUAUACGACAAUACUGGAAUCUCCAGGAGACAGCCAAGGCUUGCCAGCGUAGACCAAGAACCUAAUCGGAACGUUGCCGGUACCUGGUUUCGUCGCUGGGUAAGCCAGCUUGCAGCAGGAUCGAAUGACAAGCGUAACAUCGAUGAUGGUCGUGCUCGCAUUCAGGCCCGAGGUUGGUCAAGUCAAGAUGGAGACAGUACUACAGAGACGGCAAACGCUGGGCAUGAUUUUAGGUCAAAGCCUCUCAAGAAGCGAACCGACGCCCCUGGUGGGAGUGUCGCUGAGGAUCUGGAAGCCCAUGAUGGUUUGGCAUCAAAGUCUGUCGAGGAGCGUACCGACCCAGCAGGUUGGAGUUUCGAUGAACACAAAGGUGAUGGGGCUGCAGAGACAUCUGGGACGCACUUCUAUCGCAGCGGAAGCUGGCAAAGGCGAUGGAAGGGCCAGAACAUCGCUGGCGCAAAUGCUGAUCCUGCGGGCGCUGACUCUGGGGUAGGCAACACAGAGCAGAAACGAGGGUUAAUCACAGCGGAUGUUGCUCCCACUGAGGAUGAACAAAGUGGUGUGCAGCAGGGCACUUGCGUCACCUGCACAAAACGGACUGUUCCUGAUUGGGACAAUGUGCUUCCCACAGAGGAUACCAAGGGUGGUGCUUGUGCAGACUGUGUGACCAAGCCGUCUCGUUUGGCUUGGACUCAGACGACCUCGCAAAUCCAAGAUGAGCAAGCAAAGCUAAAAAGAGGCUUCAUCACUGUCGAUGUCGCUCCUGCAGACGGUGGGACAGUAGAUGUACAACAGGGUGAUUGUCCCAGUUGCUUGAAGAAACGGAGUGUUGCUGAUUAG